AUGUCUUCUUCAAACACAAUUUCAAGUUCUUGGGCUUCCUUUUCGGAUAAAGAUCAGGAUGAAUUUGACGCGGAAGAAGACAUCGGAGAAGAGGAAAAAAUGCUUAUGACUAGUAAUAGAGAUGCUGUUAUUUUUGUAAUCGAUGCAUCUUUUUCAAUGAUGAAAAAAAAUCAUUCAGAUGGAAUCGAUGAAGCGGUACAGGUUGCAGAGAUUCCGUUCCGUUCAGCAAUUCAGUGCAUUUCAGAAGUAAUGACAUCUAAACUUUUAUCCGAUAAUACUUCCGAUCUUAUCGGUGUAAUGUUUAUGGGAACGAAAAAAUCAUCAAAUACGCUUCAAAAAGAACAUAUAUAUGUUCUUCAUAAUCUUGAUUCACCCGAUAUUCAGAGAGUUAAAGAAUUAAAUAAUAUUGGUUCAGGUGAAGUCGAUUUUGAUAAUGAAUAUGGAAGUACGGAUGAAGAAUAUCCAAUUGGAGACGUGUUUUGGAUUUGUAGUGAAUUAUUCAAUAAAGAAACUUCUAAAACUCUAAAGACAAAGAGAAUAUUCUUAAUUACUGACCAAGACAACCCUCAUACUUCAAAUCCAGUUUUACGUAGCACUGCGAUAACUCGUGCAAGGGAUUUGACCGAAUCUGGUAUCCAAAUUAAUCUGUUCAGUUUAAAUAAGUUGGAUCAUACUUUUAAUUUCAAUGCAUUUUAUUCGGUGAAUAUCAAUUUAAUGCCUGCUAUUCUACCAUCCUCUUUUAAAUCUAAUAUACUCAUUAUUUUAUACAUCUUUAACUUAAAUAAGGAAAUUAUUCAAAGUGAUGAAAUCGACGAAAUUCCUUAUUACAAUGCACAAAAAAACUUUGAAAGUCUUGUUUCUCAAAUUAUGGCUAAAGAGUCACCAAGGAGAUCUUUGUUCUCGAUACCAUUUCGUUUGUUUGGAGGUGAUGAAGGAACUCCUGAACUUACAAUUGGUAUUAAAGGAUAUGCCAUGGUUAUUGAGAAAAAGAAACCGUUAGCAAGAAUGGUACACAUGAGGUCAGAAACUACACGACUUGCUGAGUCUAGAACAAAAUAUGUUUGCAUGGACACAACUCAAGAGCUGAUGUCUGAUGAUAUAAAGUAUUGUUAUGAAUAUGGAGGCGAAAAGAUAGCAUUUACUAAAGCUGAAGUUGCCGAAUUAAGAAGAUUUGGGCAGAAAGGUCUUACUCUUAUCGGAUUUAAGCCAUCAAGUGUCGUUAAGUUACAUUACAAUAUUGAACACCCAUUGUUCUUAUAUCCUGAUGAAGGAGUGAGUAGCAGAAGAACAUUUGCGGCAUUACAUAGAAAAAUGCUAGAAAUGGAUAAAGUUGCUAUAUGCUACUUUGUCAAACGUGAUAACUCUCUUCCUUCUUUUGUUGCACUCAAAGCUCAAGCUGAAAAAUUAGGUGAAGAGAAACGACAGCUGAUCCCCCCUGGGCUCAAUAUGAUACAUCUUCCAUUUGUUGAUGAUAUCCGACCGCUACCACCUCAUGCUGAAAUUACAUCUGCUCCGGAUGAGAUGAUUGAUCUCCUGAAACCAAUUGUUGAUAAACUGCAUAUGAAAGACGGAUUUGAUCCUAGCAAAUUCAAUAAUCCUGAAUUUAUACGCUUCUAUGAUGUAUUACAAUCUAUGGCAUUUGAUAAGGAAAUUCCAUUAGGAGUUGAAGAUUCGACAGUACCAAAAUUUGCAACGAUAAACAAGCGCGUCGGAAAAAUUAUUGAAGCGUUCAAUCAUGAGGCAGAUCAACGAAGUGUAGAAUUGCUUGCCAACCAAAUGACCAUUCAAUCUAAAAAAUCAACAUCUCGUGGAACUCGUGGAGCCACUCGUGGAACUAAUUCAUCUGAAUCGUCCAAUGUAGAUAUAAAAUCUUUGUGGGAGAAGGGCAAGGCAACAGUAGAUCAACUAAAAGCAUAUAUUCAGGCUACUGGAGCAAAGCCGGCCCGUUUGAAAGCUGAUUUAAUUAAUCAAAUUGAAGGUAUUCUAUCAUCUAAUUGA